GCAACCUUCCUGUUAUUCAAAGCCAUAAAAAUGAUUUCGAAGAAAAUGAUUCUGAUGAUUCUGUCGAACUAGAUAUUAAUUUAGAGGCCUUGCAAGAAUCUGCAUCCAAAGUGUUUCACAUGCAAUGUAUUUCUGUACCUGUCGAACUAGAUAUUAAUUUAGAGGCCUUGCAAGAAUCUGCAUCCAAAGUGUUUCACAUGCAAUGUAUUUCUGUACAAAAGCUUAGCGAAGAAUAUAUUGGAAGAGUAGCAUUUCCUGAAUAUCCACGUUGGAAGACGGAGAGCGAGGUUGCAGUUAUGGAAUAUGUUCGCUUAAAUACGAACAUUCCUGUUCCUAAAAUCUAUUAUUGGACUAGUUCAAUCGACAAUCCAGUGGGUGCAGAAUAUAUCUUAAUGGAGUGUUUACCUGGUCGUCGUUUAUGUAAUGUAUGCAGCGAUUUCGUCGUGGAAAAGAAAAAAAUAAUUCUUUCAAAAGUUAUUGACAUUCAAUUGGCUCUUAAGAAACUUACUAUAUUUGAUAAUUUGGGCGAAGAAAAAAGUGAAUUUUAUUCUGCAGUUUUUAAUCAAGAUCAAGUCUGGAAUGUAGAAGAUUUUCUAGAAAGUUUAGAACAAUAA